AUGAAUAAUUCCACAGAAGUCCAGUUUAACUCCACAUCGCAAGGAUGCUCCGCUAUGGCGUCCAUCAUGUUUACAUCAACUCUAUCUGUGAUAAGCAUAGCAGCACUCAUCGGAAAUAUCUUGGUAGUUAUAACCUUCGUAAAGACCCCAAGCUUGCGGAUAAGCACCAACUAUUACAUCGUAAACAUGGCUGCCUCCGACCUGCUCGCUAUAUUGUUUAAUUGGCCACUGUACGUCACUGAAGGGAUGUUGACACCAAAAGUCUUUAUCAGUUGGUCUUCGGCUUCAUCUGCUUGCAAACUGGGAAUGUACCUUAAAGCUGUGUCUCACUUAGUCUCAGUUUUGAGUCUUGCGCUAAUUGCACUGGACAGAUUUGUUGCGAUUGUUUUUCCUUUAAAAAGAAUUAUAAUGAAGGUGAAGAUUCGGGUAAUUUUUCUAUCAUUAACUUGGUUGAUAGCUGUAUCUUAUGGCUUGCCCCAAGCUAUUUUCACGGAUAUAAUCAAAGUAGGCGGUCAAACAUUUUGUAGAUUUAUGAUGAGUGACGGGCCGCGGACAAUUUUUAAUGGUGUUGGCUUUAUUCUGUUUUACCUCUUUCCUCUCACCACGAUUAUUAUUCUGUAUUCGGCGAUCUUGAGAAGUCUUAAAAAGAGAACAAAGCCAGGAGAAUUGCUACAAGGUCACGAAGGCACAAAACGACAGCAGCAGAAUCAGAAAAUUGUGAAGAUCAUGAUAUCAAUCGUGGUUGCAUUUUUUAUUUGCUGGACUCCACUUAGUGUUUACUUGUUUCUCAAAAAACUAUAUCCAUCUCUGUUCAUAAAGGACAGAUGUUUGUUACUUGUAGGUUUAACUUUUUAUGUCUUCCCCUCUUUGAGUACAGCAGUUAAUCCCAUCAUUCUUUUCGUGUUUAGUACAAAUUAUAAGCGAGCCUUAAAGAAUCUCUGGUCAUCUGUUUUUUUUACUUGCAAAUGUUCAUUUACAGCGAAACGAGCAAGACAAGAGCAAGUAAUGGCAACGCAGGAGGUUAAUCUAGAAUUAACGAACACUAAGCUAUUAGACUAA